GAGGAGCACAGUUGACUGGAUAUCAAUACAGUUAGGAGAUCUAUUGAUUGAUGACAAUUAUUGAUAAUAAUAAUAAUAAUGAUUGAUUAGCAUUUUUUAGCUAAUACUUCUCUAAAUCGAAUGGCGAUGAGGCUUUGCCUUACUCAGAUUAUUCAUAUUUGUAUUAAUUGGCAUAAAAUGUACAAGCCUGUAUGUAUUUUUUAACUAAUGUCCUUUAACAAAUACAAAUUGUCCCUGGGUGUUCCUGAAAGUGUUUGUUGUGUUUUGUGGAAGCUGGCCUAUGACAUCGACAAGGACGCAGAGGACCAGAACAUGUACAUCGAUGGCAUGGACUCUGACUUCCUGAGUGCGACGGGAUUGCUGACGGGCAGCGUGAAGCGCUUCUCCACCAUGCUGCGCUCCAGCCGGGACAACCGCAAGAUCAUGUGCUACAUGUCGGGGGGGCUGGUGGCGCUCUUCUUCCUGCUCUACUACCUCGUCUCCCGCCUACAGAGAUGAGCACCCCCGCUCCGACCCCGACCUCCACCAACAUUCCACCCCCGUACCCCUAGUCCAGACCCAGACCGACACCCCGUAACCCAGACCCGGUACCCCAAGCCGUGACCCUUUACCCCAAGCCCAGUCCCGGUACCCAGACCCCGAACCCCGUGCCCAAAGCCCAGACCCGUAGUCCAGACCUGGCACCCCAGUCCAGACCCCCCUACCCCUAGGCCGAGCCUGGUACCCCUAGUCCGGACCUGGUACCUCUAGUCCAGGCCUGGUACCCCUGCUUCAGACCAGCCGGGAGGCCUCUCAUCUGGGAGAAUCAUCACCAGGACUUCAGUUUACAACCCCACCAUCCUGUCACAAUAAUGAAGUUGUUGAUGAACUCCAGAGAGAGACUAGAGUCUGAAGAUCAGAACCUUUACCAGGGUGUACUGGGCGACCCACAGCGGAGCCACUGGGCGGACUGGAGCCUUCCACAGCUCCCUCAUCGACCCCCGGUCUGAUGGGGCAGAUGAGGUCCGGUCCCAGUGAGGCCUCACCGCCCCCCUCUGCUGGUGUUUCAGGAGCCUCAGUUGUAUGAGAGCUCUGUGCACACAUUAGUGGUGAUGGGAUUGUGUUGCCUGGGGAGAAAUGUGUUUAUCCUUUUAACUCUAAUAAUGUAUAUAGACUUUGGUUUUGGGAUGGGGACAUUUUUGUGAAAAGUAACAAGUGAUAAAGAAGCUUGAGGAUUCAGUUGAAUAUCAGGAUUAUAUGGCAUGGUUGAAAUAAACAUGAUGUUGGUAACAUUAAAUAAAGUGCGGCUUUUCAAGGAGA